AGCGCGGCGCUCCGCCGGCCCCGCCCCGCCGGGUCCGCUCUGGGCCCGCCGCCUGGUCCGCUCGCCCGCGCCGGCUGGAGCCGACCCCUGGCCCUCGGACGCUGGUCGUGAUGGCCGCGCCAGUUACGCAGCAGGUCAGCGGCGGCGGCGCCCGGUCCCUGAGCCCGGCGCUGACCGGCCCUGAGAGCGGGCAGCCCCUGGCGCCCUCUGUGGCCGAGUUGCCGGUGCUGGACGCCUCGGGGCGGAGGCUGCCCUUCGGCGCGCUGUUCCGGGAGCGCCGCGCCGUGGUGGUCUUCGUGCGGCAUUUCCUGUGUUACAUCUGCAAAGAAUACGUAGAAGAUCUGGCCAAGAUCCCCAGGAGUUUCUUACAAGAAGCGAAUGUUACCCUUAUAGUGAUUGGACAGUCAUCCUACCAUCAUAUUGAGCCUUUCUGUAAACUGACUGGGUAUUCCCAUGAAAUCUAUGUUGAUCCUGAGAGAGAAAUUUAUAAAAGACUGGGAAUGAAAAGAGGUGAAGAAAUUGCCUCCUCAGGACAGAGCCCCCACAUAAAGUCCAAUCUGCUCUCAGGAAGCCUUCGGAGCCUGUGGCGGGCAGUGACUGGCCCUCUUUUUGACUUCCAAGGAGACCCAACCCAGCAAGGUGGAACCCUCAUCGUAGGUCCAGGUAACAACAUCCAUUUUAUGCACCGUGAUAGGAAUAGGUUGGAUCACAAACCCAUAAACUCUGUCUUACAGCUUGUAGGAGUUCCGCAGGUGGACUUCACAAGCAGACCUUCAGUUAUCCAUGUGUGACUUGCCAGUGGUCCUGGGAACGUGCCUGCAGGGCCAGGGCGCAGCACCCUUGUGCUGUGUCUGCCGCUGGCCCCUCCCAGCCCCUGAGGGGUGAUGAGAGCUGGUUCCUUCCAGUUGGAUCCAUGCUGAGGCUUCAGUUGUCAAAAAUGUGAUUUAUAUUUUAAAUUUUGUAGCUUUUUGCAAAAUAACACAAAGUAAAUCUACCUUGGGCUACAGACAGUAGCUCAGUGGUAGUGCGCCUGCCUAGCAAGUACAAGCCCUGGGUUUACCCAGAACUGCAAAAAUAACAAUAAAAAAACACAUACAUACAUACAUACUUCUAAAUAUAUAAGAUAAAACUUUAAAAGUCAUAAAAUUAAAUAACAUGGUACAGUCAUUCAAUAAAAGAUGGUUUCAGCAAUUAAAUUAUAUAAAGGGAUGGAAGAUAAUUCAAGACCAUUUUAUUCAGUGAUAAAAGCAGGGUAUCAAAUUCCGUAAGCAGUGUAACCACUUUUUUUUAUAUGUAUGUGUUUAUAUUUUUGUAUGCUUAGGAAAAAAACAGAAAGUAAACACACCAGAAUAUUGCCAGUACUGUAAGAUGACAGCUGUUUUUGUUUUCCUUUCCAAACUUCUCUUUAUUUUCUAGGUAUUCUCUAAAGAGCAUGACUGACUUUUUUUUUUUUUUCUUUUUCUUUUGACUAGGCAAAGAUCUUUUUUUUCCUGUGGUGCUGGGGAUUGAACCCAGGGCCUUGUGCUUACAAGGCAAGCACUCUACCAACUGAGCUAUAUCCCCAGCCCACUAGGCAAAGAUCUUUAAACGUUAUAGGACAAAUGCCUGUCACAUCACACCUCCUCAUAGGUGCAGAUUACCAGCCUGAGGCCCGCUAGUACCCAUGCUGUUGUUCCCCUGACGAAGUGCAGACCAAGCCUCUGACACACAGCCGCACGGGCUGCCUGUUGCACUCCCUGUUUCUGGUAGGGAGAUGCAAGUGAAGGAGAAAAAUAUUUUAGGGUCUUUGGGGUCUUUGUUUUUCUGUUUUAAUGUGCAACUGGGUACCAAGCCCAGAGCCUCGCACAUACAAGGCAAGUGCUCUGCCACUGAGCUGUGUACCCCCAGCCUAUUUAAGAUAUUUAAAUCAUGCCUUUAAAAUAUGGUCAGGGCUGGUGAGAUAGCUCAGUGGUAGCAUGCCUCGCAGGCAUGAGGCUCUGGGUUCAACCCCCAGCACUACACUGAAAUGCCUAUGUACAUAUAUAUAUGUGUAUGUAUAUAUACAUACACAUGCACACAUAUGUAUAUUGUAUGUAUUAUAUACAUGUGUUUUAUAUAUGUAUAUAUAUAUAAUCAGUAUACUUUUUGAAAUUUUAAGAAUGAAUUUUUGAAACUUGAUAACAAAUCUACUCCACAGUUUGGUUGUACAUUGCUAGACAAUGGCUAUUUCUCACCCCCAGAUUGCUCUUAUUUAGAGAACUAUUUUCAUCUUUUAUUUUUCUAGAAUCUUAAUAUGUUUUUUGGGAAGCAUCCCAGAAAUACUGAUGAAAGAUGCAGUUAAAUGAAAAUGUUGGUAAUUAGCAAGUGUAAUACUGCUUUGAACUUAAAAUACUUUUUUAUAAGGCAUAUGAAAUUAUAAAAAAUAUAUUUAAUGUACCCAAAUAUCUGUAUUUUCACAUCUGUAUACAUAAGCAGUCAUGUUUUAAUCAAUAAAAAUUAAAUUCUCAUAAA